UUUCAGACGAUUUUGGCUAGAAGGGAUUCAGCUUUUAUCAAAUUAACGUCAAAAGUUGAAAUGUUUUGCGUUUUAGCUAACCCUUCCCAUAACAUAAUUAUCCUACGUUAAUUAUCAUAACAUGCUGCGUAAAUUGUCUUAACCUGUUAGUACGAGAAGUCUAAUCUAACAAAAGCUGUAUCCCUUCUAGCCUUAACAGCUUUGAGCUUGUAGACCAGUUUGAGAAAGACUGGGGGAGAAUGGCUGCCAGUGGAGACGUAGGCAAGCUGUUACAAGUACAGAAUGUGACUCCUGCGAACACAACCUACAGUGGGGUUGAUGCCGUUCAUGCCUGUAACAUCCUCCAGCAGCUCAAAGCCUUGUAUGAUGAAGCACAGCUAACAGACAUUGUCGUUGAGGUGGACCAUGGCAAGACAUUUCCGUGUCACCGAAAUGUCCUUGCAGCAAUCAGCCCUUACUUUAGGUCCAUGUUCACCAGUGGCCUUACAGAGAGCAGCCAGAGGGAGGUGCGGCUCAUCGGGGUUGAGUCUGAGUCCAUGCACCAGGUCCUGGACUAUGCCUACACGUCCAGAGUCAUGCUGUCAGAGUCCAAUGUCCAGGCCCUGUUCACGGCAGCCAGCAUCUUCCAGAUCCCAGCCCUGCAGGACCAGUGUGCCCUGUUCAUGAUCAGUCGUCUGGACCCCCAGAACUGCACCGGGGUCUACAUGUUCGCAGACGCCUACGGCCACCAGCUGCUGAGGGAGCGCUCCCAGGACUACAUACGCAAGAAGUUCCUGUGUGUGGCACGGGAGCAGGAGUUCCUCCAGCUCACCAAGGAGCAACUGGUGAGCAUCCUGAACAACGAUGACCUGAACGUGGAGAAGGAAGAGCAUGUGUAUGAGAGCAUUGUGCGCUGGUUGGAGCACGACAGCCCUCGCAGGGAGACCCACCUGGCUGAGGUGUUUUCUCAAUGCAUCCGACUGCCCCUCCUGGAUGACUCUUUUCUCAGCCGCAUCCCGGCCCCUUUCGCCUGUGCCCUCUCUCUGUCCAGGGAACCUGCCGAAACCAAGGCACGUAUCAACGGCUGCUCUCAGCGCCUGGGCAUGACCGCCUCCGAGAUGGUUAUCUGCUUUGACGCGGCACACAGACACUCAAUGAAGAAGCAGACCGUGCCUUGCCUGGACACUGCUGCUGGGAAGGUGUUCAAGCUCUGCAAGCCCCCCAAUGACCUGCGGGAGGUGGGCAUCCUGGUGUCAUCGGAGAACGACAUCUUCAUCGCUGGGGGCUACCGCCCUAGCAACAGCGAGGUGUCCAUCGACCACCGGGCGGAGAGCGACUUCUGGCAAUACGAGCAUGCAGGGAACCGUUGGCUGGCGCGUUCGCCCAUGCUACGGGCCCGGAUUGGCUGCAGGCUGGUCCACUGCUGUGGGAAGCUGUACGCCCUGGGGGGCCGUGUGUACGAAGGGGACGGAAGGAAUGCACUGAAGUCAGUGGAGUGCUACGAUGCCAGGGAUAACUGCUGGACUGCCGUUAGCCCCAUGCCUGUCGCUAUGGAGUUCCACAGCGCUGUGGAGUACAGAGACCACAUCUACAUCCUCCAAGGUGAGUACUUCUUCUGUUUUGACCCUCGCAAGGACUACUGGGGCCACCUGUCCCCAAUGAGUGUACCCCGGAGCCAGGGUCUGGUUGCCUUACACAAGAACUGCAUCUAUUACAUCGCUGGCAUCUGCACGAACCACCAGCGCACCUUCACCAUGGAGGUCUACGACAUCGAGCAGAACACCUGGGCCCGCAAGAGGGACCUUCCCUUCGACCAGGCCACCAGCCCCUACAUCAAGGCCCUGCUCCUCCAGGGCAAGCUGCACCUGUUUGUCCGAGCCACGCAGGUCAUGGUGGAGGAACACGUGUUCCGUACCAGCAGGAAGAACUCCCUCUACCAGUAUGACGACGAGGCGGAUGCUUGGACCAAAGUCUACGAGACGCCUGACCGCCUCUGGGACCUGGGCCGCCAUUUUGAAUGUGUGGUGGCCAAACUGUACCCGCAGUGUCUUCAGAAAGUGCUCUGAGAGGACCUUGGGGAAUGGGUGGCAGGUAGCCUAGCAGUUAGAACAUUGGGCCAGUAACCGAAAGGUUUCUGGUUCAAAUACCCGAGCCGGCAAGGUGAAUAUCUCUGUGCCCUUGAGCAAGGCACUUAACCCUAAUUUGCUCCAGCGGCGCUGUACUGAUAAGGCUGACCUUGUAAAACGUCACAUUUCACUGGACCUAUCUGGUGUAUGUGACAAACAUUUAUUGGGUUGAACCCCCCCGGGAGGAGGGAGCGUGAGGUCCUGCUUGUCUUGUGCCUGAUGCUGUCCUGUUUUGCACCACAAGGGCAGUUAAGAGUUUAGUCUUAAAGCAUUAACAUAUAAGGUUUAACACGAUCAAAUGGGGGUGCUUUCAAAAGAUUGCAGUAUUUGUUUUUUUCUUCCACUCAGCACCAAAUACCCAAACUGAUGCUUGUUUUACAGUCCAAUGAAUUAUAAGUGCAAUUAUUAUGUUUGCUUGAGCCAUUUUGUUCCAUUUAAUCUUAAAAGCAUAUAUAGGUUACAUUUUUUACAAUUGAUUGACAUGCAGUUGAUGGAUCAGAUGAAGUACCCUCUAGUAAUGGAACCACGACAUGUUAGCAUAAAGUGAAAAAUAUAUAUUCAUUCAUACGGGUAAGAUGAGCAGUGUUGCUCAUUGUUAGGUUGUUAGCUCAGAUUGAUGGUUUUUGUGUCUGACUUUUGUAUUGAUUUGAAUGCUGAUUGCUCCCUACAGCAAGUUCGUCUUUGUGGAAGUUUUUAUUAGUUGUGUAUGAAGUGUGCUAGUGAUUUAGAUCAAUUUAGUAUUAUUGCCAUGUGUGAUCGGUAUGAUGCUAUUUUAUGAAACUAAUACUUUGCUUUCAAGAGAUGGCCUAAGUUGUCAACCAAUGUGCUAUUUGCUUCGUUGCAGUUAGAUUUAUACUUUUUGAAUUCGUAGACUAAUGCAAUGGACUCUCAGAGCUGGCAUCCAUUUUGUUGCAACGAGUUUCACAUGCCAAGACAACUUAAGAGAAGUUAGAUGAUUCACUCUCCACAUUGGAGAAACAAGCAGGGCGUCAGAUGUGUGGUUGGCCAAGAUAAGUGUGACAUUUCGAACCAGGCAACAGUUUGCUUUGAUAGCAACUUAGCAGAAGUCAGAUAAGGAAUGAAGGGUUCGGGCUGAUGCAUUGAUUUGGCCAAAGUGUGGGCAGCUCGCUACAGAAUUGUCUUGUCUGGGGGGGUUUUCAGCAUGUCUGGUAUUCAUUACAAUCUGCUUUCAAAAAGUGUUUGGGUUAACCUACCUCUUAAAUGCCAAAAUGCAUUUAAGAACUUUUUCAUCUGAAAGUUGAAACUUUAUCAACUAGCUAUAACUAAGGAAACUGUGAUACAGUUAGGUUGGGACGAUACCAGUAUUGCGAUACUCAUUAUUAUGGCAAGGAAACAAAACAUGAAGCAGAUUUAACUUCUUUAGGAUAACAGUUAUAAUGUUGGAAACAGACCUCAUUAUGUUAUCCGGAGUCACCUUUAUUUAUUUUCCAAACUAUAGCACAAUAUUUUACAUACAGCAGGUUUUUAAAGGGCCAAAGAGGGUGGUCUGCUUCAUGUUUUCAUUUUUGCCAUUGAUAAAAUAUUGCAAUGCUGGUAUCGUCACAGCCCUACAUUUAGGUUUACGCUAGUUGAAGUGGAUUACAUUUUGUUUUCAAGCUUAAUUUGGGUACUUUGUUCGUUGAAAUGUUUCAAUAUUUGCCUGUGUGGCUGGCUGCUGUACAGUAGUUGUCAGAGGAGGAGUAAAGUAGAGAUUGUUGGUGUGUCAUUUAGUCCAGAUCCCAUUGUGCCUAUGGGUGGGUGGGGGCAUCCAGAUAGUAGUCCUGUGUGUUUUAGCCUGGCGAGGUAGUGUGUCUCAAGUCUUAUUGAUCAUUGCACUGAAUCACUCUUCAACGGUCCGUCACUGCAAACUUCACCAAGCAGCACCCACCUGGACAGAGCAUUACCACAGAGAGUGCUUCUUUUAUACAUGAAUCCAUCUCUAUGCUAUGACAUAAAGAAAAACUAACUAUUGGUGCUGCUUUUUUGAUGCUCUUGUAUAUUUUGAAUAAGUAACAGCAAUUGACUGAUGUUCCCUAUGGAACUGUAACACAUUCAAUGACGUCAAUUUCCUCAUGCAGGUUCCUGUAUCAUCUUUGCACUACAUAUGAUCAUUUAUUUGAUCUCAUAUUUAAAGCAUUUCCCCAAAAUAUAUCAUUGACCACAAAGCAAUCUUGGGAAAUGCAGUUCUGUCUUCACAGAAUUUCAACUGGAGAGUAGUAUGAAAACGUUCUGUUUGUAGCUGUGGACAUGAACAUUUGUAAAGAAAAAUACUGCACAUCACUUGGCACUGGUUUGAUCUGGCCAGAGCAGUGCCCUCCAUGGGUGAGGAAGGAGAAAAGGGGUUUCCUCAUAUGCCUAAAAACUCACGUGGGAACCAGGAAUGGACAACUCAGGAUUUCUAUUGAUAAACAGUACUGUAUUUAAAUGUCUUGUUUCAUGUGUAAUAUACGUUUGCUGUACUUGCACAGUUUUUUACAACUUUUUUCUUUUAUAACUUGAAAAGUAGAAAUGUUAUUUUCAAUGGCUAUUUUUCCAUUUUCUAUGUUUAGUUAUAGUAGAGCGAUUAAUGUAAAUAUUCAAAGUAGUUUUGCUUUACCAAAACUUCACAAUAAGCAGAUCUGUAACUCCAAUGUUACAUUAUCUCCCACACAUCAGUUUUGUGAAAUACUUAAAGUGUACAACGAAUCAGCCAGUCAAUGUGCUUUUUGUGCAAAAGAUAUAGUUGGCCUUGUGUGGCCAUGCCCAAGCUCAUUCAAGCCCUGUAUGUAUGCAUCCUGCAUGGAUGGCUACUACCAGUAGAAUCUUACUGCUUUUCUUUUUGUUUGCUGGUUUGUCUGUGUAGUUUGGGGAAUAGUGGUGGUUGAGCUCAACUGUGAAAUUCACAUUGCACAUAAUUUGAGAAUAAAAUGACAAGUGAAACCAUA